AUGCUUCAGAUGGUGGUGCUGCCCAAAGGUCUGGAACCUGCAGAGCUGGUCUCUUCCUCUUGCUCUUUGAAGAAGAUGCUGCAGUGCAGCUGCUCCUUCCAUGGGGUUCCCGCACCUUAUGUGCGGUGGUGGUUGGAAGGUAAUGUCAUCGGGAUAGACAACCCCCUGGUAACUUCCACCAUCCUCGCCCCCUGGAGCAACACCACCAUCAGCCUGACCGAGAUGCCAGAAUUAGGCACACACCUUAUCUGUGAGGGGAAGAACGAAUAUGGAAACCAUGCUAUGAAUAUCAUACUGAUGUCAAUAAAGAGUCCUUCGGUUACCCAGAGUUUUAUCAACGGGCUCUUCCAGGGCCUUGUCUAUGGAGUCAUUGCAACUACACUGCUCUUUCUCUGCCUCAUCCCAUGCAUAGUGAACCACAUCAAAAAGACACUGUUAAAGAAAAUUGCAGUGAUCAAGGCUGAAAAGAGCCCGUCAGAACCCAACAUGUCUCUGAAUCCUGAGGAACCAGAAACAUCCGCAGUCACAUCGGCUACUGGGAACAAGAGUGCGGAGAAAGCAAGAUAA